AGAAGGCUCAGGACAGUGACAGAGCUGCCAUAGUAGCCAGCACUUCCCACUGACACAGCUACCUCGAGGUGAUCACGUCCUGUGAGAGGCAACGGCUGGAGAAUUUCCAGCAGACCCUGCUGGAGGGUGUCCGUCUUAGGGAGCCCCACUUCCUUGUGGUUUAUGACAGGGACCUGGAAAUCUUCAGGUUCACUCUCUGUGUCUCUGAGCAUGCUGUCACUGUGGAGGUCCUCCUGUGCAUUAAUGGCAAUGCCCUGAGCGUGCUGUGCGAUCUGGAAGUGACCUCUCCAGGGACCAAACUGGAAGAAUGGACUGGCAGCAUGUGUGUCAUGGAGUAGAGAGGUGGUGUGGGAUGCCUGGUUCCAGGCAAAGUUCUCCAGCACCUGAAGCUCCUUAUUUCAGCAAUCAUGUGCUGCCAACACCACUUCAUGAUUCUCCCUGGUGACCUCAGGGCCAAAAAUCUGCAGUAGGAUGCUGUGGAGUUUUUACUGCUAAUCCAUGGUGGCUGGAAGUCCGUCUGCUUUGACAUCAUCCCUGUGGUGAGGAGGGGGCAGGAGCUGCUCUGGCUUAAGGGAUGGCAGAGCGACAGAGGCUUCCCCAAAGACAGUCUCUGGAAGGUGACAGAAGCAGCCCACUUCAUCCCUGCCUCUUCCCAUUGCUGGAGAUGGUGCUGUUGUGGAGCACAGACAGAACUCUUCCCCUCCCCAGUGGACUGGCAGGACAUGAUGGGCUCCAUCUACAGGUUCUUGGUGAUACUCGUCCUCUUCCUGGCCACAUAGCACCUGCCUCACUUACUGCACUUGAAGGAGAACCUUUUCCAAAGAGAGGCCCUGGACCUCACCUCCGUCUACCGUAAGGCAAAGAGCUUUGCCUGGGCAGAUCCCAGCACCUAGGCACUCCUGUACCUCUCCACUGAGGAUGAGUCCUACAGGGACCCAGCCUACUUUGACAUCCUGCUCAGCCAGGUGUACCAAAUCCAGGAUGGCACUAGUUCAGUAAUGUCUCAGCUCCUCUCCAAGAUCCAGCAUUAAAUCCCCUGGCAGAGUUGA